GCUCACGUUAUGACGUCACGAGCGUGUCGUAAAGCAGGGUCGAGGCGCGAGGAGCGAGAAAUGACGCGAGGCUGGGCGGGGCCGUAGGCGGGGAGGGGAUUGUCUCGAUGUGGGCGUCUCGCGGGGCGGAAACGGGGCGUGGCCUGUCCGCUCGGUUCCGUCUGUGUGGUUGGUUGCCAGGCGCUGUAGAGGGUCACUGCGUGGGAAGUGCUGAAAUCUCACAGCGUCACAGCUUUCGACACCAUCGCGGCAGCUCGGCUUCAGACCUGACUCAGCCCGGGGAUCCGGAGGAGUUCAUGUGGGAAAGUUACAGCGAACGGAAGGGAGGCAAGAAACAAGCCGGAUUGCUUUCGCGUGUCGUGAACUCGGAUCGGUGUCCCGUGUCCCUGGUUCUAUUUCAUCUACAGGAUCUGUCAUCUACCGGAGGCUAACAGGAGCUAGCUUAGCGCUAGGGUGGGCCAUUAGCAGCCACUUUUGGCUCACGUCGCCGGGGUAUCAGUCCCCCUGAUCUGCACGCCAAAGUCUACUAGAUGAUUAUGGAGAGGAAGAGGAUCGACUGCCCGGCUCUGCCACCGGGCUGGAAGAAAGAAGAGGUGAUCCGGAAGUCGGGACUCAGCGCUGGCAAGAGUGAUGUUUAUUACUACAGUCCAUCAGGGAAAAAGUUCCGUAGCAAACCUCAGCUGUCCCGAUACCUGGGGAACGCGGUGGACCUGGGAUGCUUCGACUUCCGGACGGGAAAGAUGAUGCCUAGCAAAAUGCAGAAAAACAAACAGAGGCUUCGAAGCGAAACUCUCAGUAUGUCGAAGGGAAAACCGGACCUGAACACAGCACUGCCCAUCAGACAGACAGCGUCGAUCUUUAAACAGCCCGUCACCAAAGUGGUCAACCAUCCCAGCAACAAAGUCAAGACAGACCCACAGAGAGCGACCGAACAGCCUCGGCAGCUCUUCUGGGAGAGGAGGUUGAAAGGUUUGAGGUCGUCGGACGUCACAGAAGAGGUUCUCAGGACUAUGGAGCUUCCUAAAGGUUUACAAAGUGUAGGUCCAGAUUCGUCGGAUGAGACGUUGUUGUCGGCCAUAGCCAGCGCUCUACACAUGAGUUCGGGCCCCAUCACGGGUCAGACGUCCACAGCGGCAGAGAAAAACCCCGCUAUCUGGCUCAACACCUCUCAGCCGCUCUGCAAGUCCUUCAUCGUCACCGACGACGACAUCAGGGAGCAGGAGCUGAAGGUGCGCCAGGCCAGAAGGAGUCUGGAGGAGGCUCUGAUGGCUGACGGUUUGGCGCGGGCCGCCGAAUCUGCCAGAGACGUCGAGGGCAGGGCGGCGUAGAGACUCCAGCAGAACGCACUGAAUUUAAGCCACACCCACCAAGACGACCCCCUUCCUCUCAGAGAUGAUGUCAUCAGUCUGCACCGGGAUCUGGAUCCAUCCUGUCGCAGACUCAAGCACAUUCUACACACACACACACACACACACACACACACACACACA